AUGAUGCUUCAGGCUCAGAAGCAGGUUGCCCUCGGCUCGCGGCAGGCGGCCCGCCGCAAUGCGGCGGUCGCGCCCCUGCGCGCGCCCCGCAGCAGCGGCGUGUGCCGCGCCGAGCCGACCCCUGACAGCGUCCAGGAGGGGAGCGGCUACGUGGCGUACGACUCUGCUGGCCAGAGCAACAUGUACCCCGUGAUGACCAAGGCGUACGCCGACAAUGGCCCCAACGCCACCACGGAGGCGAACACCGGGUUCGCGCUCUUUGCGGGCGCCGUGGCCGUCGGCGCCAUCGCCGUCGCCGUCGGCCUGCUGUCUAUCAAGUCAGGCGGCGCCGACACCACUGCUGACCAGUUCAAGGCCCUCUCAGAGUACGCGUCCAUUUUCGCCGCUCAGAUCUGA